UAAUCUCAGUGAGUCUUUUGGUUUGUGUAAUAACAAAAUGUGACAAGUUACAGUGGGCCCUGGUUAAGUUGUGCUGCUCGGAGCAACUUGGAUUCAGCAGUUUCACCUGAUUCCAAACAAAUCGGCAGUCUAAAUAAACAUUAGCGAUAAAUAUUCCAAGAAACAAGGCGACAAUUUCUAAGCCUCUGACUCAAUACGAGGCAGUGGCGCUUCGGAAAUCGCUCCAAGUGACAAGGGAAAGAAAACAGCUGAAUCAAUCGGCGAUAAUCGGCUUCUGGAUUCGAGGAGGUUCGAGAAGCGACGCCGUCCCAGUCCGCGUUUAGUCGCCUCCGGAUUGCUCAACCAUGCAGAACAAGAUGCGGCUACUGCGGGAGUAUAGCUCCUACGAUGAUCUCAGCGCACACUUCCGGAUGUACGGGUCACAGUCCCUGGAUUCGCUGCAGGAUCAUGUGGACAUGAACCCCAGCGGCAGCGAUGGCCUGUCCACCGAGGGACUCGACUACUACCCCACCUGCGCCCAGUCGCACUCUGGCCUGUUAAGGGAGCACAAUUUCAAGCUAAAGUCCUACUACUACAACGUGGGUCAUUGCGUGCACUGUCGGAAGCGGAUCCGCUUUGCCAUGGCCAGUCUGCGUUGCCGGUCGUGUCCACUCCGCUGCCACAUAGCCUGCUCCCGUCAGCUAACGGUGAACUGCAUCCCGCAGCCACAGAUAACCACAAAGCGGGGCAAUCUCAGCGAUUACGCGCCUCGGGUGGCGCCCAUGGUGCCAGCCCUCAUAGUCCACUGCGUGACAGAGGUGGAGGCCCGAGGCCUGCAACAGGAGGGACUCUACCGCGUUUCCUCGACGCGGGAGAAGUGCAAGCGCCUGCGGCAGAAGCUGAUCCGGGGCAAGUCCACACCGCAUCUGGGCAACAAGGACAUACACACGUUGUGCUGCUGCGUGAAGGAGUUCCUGCGGCAGCUGAUCCACCCCCUGAUACCUAUCUACCAUCGCAGGGAUUUCGAGGAGGCGACGCACCUGGAGGAUCCGCUGGCGGUGGAGGAGGCGGUCUAUCUGGCCGUCCAGGACCUGCAGCAGGCCCACAGGGACACGCUGGCCUACCUGAUGCUUCACUGGCAGCGAGUGGCCGACAGCCCGCCCGUCCGAAUGACGGUCAACAAUCUGGCCGUGAUCUUUGCCCCCACUCUCUUUGGAGAUCUAGAUUUGAACCUGGUAAAUGUGGUUGUAUGGCAGCAGGUGCUGAAGGUGUUGCUUCUCCUGCCAUCUGAUUUCUGGGCUCAAUUUCUGGAGGUGCACCCUGUACCCUCACCCAUGGGCAGCACCUGUGACUACGAGGAGCACUACAGACAACGGCCCUGGGAGCACUCAUCCAACCUGCGCUGGAGCUCCUUCAAGACCUACUUUAGAUCUAUGGUAAACCUCAGCAGCACCCACUUGUAGAGAAAGGCAAUUGACUGAAGAGUUGGAUACUGAUCAUGUAUGUAGAGCACUUGCAGUCCAAGGAAUGAUUUACAAAUUCGGCCCUGCUUUAAACGUUUUUUUUAUAUGAUUUUCACUUAAGUUAUAUACAGUAUUAGGUUACCAUAAAUGUUAAUAAAUUAAGUU